GCUACUCGCUUGUUCAGUGAUACACAUAAUCCCACCAAGCCACAAACACUGUUGCCACCGAUUCACUGACCGAUUCACGAGGCGGGAAGAAGGGCUUUAUAGCUCUACUGCACGGAUAGGUCAAAUUAUGCACGAGUCACCUCUGUAGUUCUCAAGCAGCUUAUCGCGUCGUGGAACUUCAGAAAUGCUCUACGGGCAAGCCGUUUGGGACCCGAUCCUUAUCAUAGCGCAGAUAGUCACGCUGCAAUGCCUCUUCUACCUGACGUUGGGCCUCUUCCAGGGCCUCUUCAUAGGGCCAUACGUAAGCCGGCUGUCGAUCGCCUACCUGUUCAGCUGGCGCAUGUAUAGCAUCGGUACAUACUCCGGCGUCAUCAGCGUGCUAUCGCUCCUGCUGACUGCCUGCUUGAGCGCCGUAUUCCUAGUCUGGAUCGUGGAGAGGGCAAAAAAGUGCUUGGACUUUGCCUCCACCUGUUUCAUCUUCCACCUUUGGUUCUGUUGGCAAUACGACGGCUUUCCUGCACGCUUUGAGUGGUGGGUGGCCAACAUCCUGGGGCUCAUCAUCAUGUCGCUGUUCGGCGAGUGGCUGUGCCUGCGGCGAGAGAUGCAGGAGAUCCCGCUAAAUACGUUGAGAGGGCGAGGAGCUAGCAGCGGCAACCUGGGCGCCUCAGGCUCAGGCGGCGCCGGCGGCGCGGGGCCAAGUGGCGGUGGCGGUGCCGGUACGUCUACUGGUUCCUCUUCGGCCGUUCAGAUGUCCAGCAUAGCCAAUGUGAGCAAGGCGCCAGCGAAGGGAUUGCCUGUGGCCGCUAGCGUCUGAGAGGCGUGAGCAUGUAUGCACAUACGGUAUGAUGUGUGGUUAUGCUGGUAUCUUUACGGGCUAGCUGUUGAGUAUGCUGGAUGGCGAGAGGCAGAUUGUCUGUCAGGUUGCUGAUGUGUGUUAAGGGGCUUGAUUACCAGCGCCGUGACAUUUGGCAAGGAAGGGCGCUGACUACAUGCGCUUACAACAGGUGAAGGUCACGGGUGAAGGUGGUGCGCAUUUCAUAUGACGAGACGCUUUUCACUGCCUUCAUGUAAGGCUCUCAGACACAGCCCCUAGUAACGGUAUUUACGCCAGUAUCGUGCCAGCUGCAAUAGCUUCUCAUUUUCCUUGUGACCAUGCUUUCCAUCGCAAUUCCAGGCGUUCAGGCACUGCCUGCGUCUUAAAAGCAUUCUCGAUGCCACGUAAGCGCCGUGUCACACAGCUAUUACCCUUUUGGGGCCCUGGCUAGUCCACGGCUGUCGUCCCACAUGUAACCUCUAUCAGCUAUUACGAUAAUGCAAGCAGGCAGUGUGCCGGCCACACAUGCCAUCAGGUGAUCAGGGCACUAUGGCGUCUUGCGCUGGACCCAAGGCCCACUCCUGCCCCGUAGGCACCCCUGCAAAGCAAAGCACAACCCGCACCCCCAUCCUGCUACACCUGCAUUGUGACACACCCGUUAUCCAUGACGCCAGGAUACGCCCCAUCAUCCACAUGCACACGCACACAAACCAAAUCACGGCAACAAACCGCCGAGUGCCGUCCACAAGGCAACAAACCGUUGAGUCCACCGCACUACACGCCAUUAUUUCUUCACCUUUUGCUUCUCCUCCCCACCAUGACAGCGUCCCUUUUCCCCACCUU